AACACCGACUCUAUUAUCAGCUCUCAAUCAUUUCGUUUUCACUAUUAUUCGGCAACCAACAAUGGAUGAUGCCGGGCCUCUCCUAGCCAGUAAAAAAGUGGUGGCAGUCGCUACCGGUGAAGCUCACACUCUCGCUCUCACAGGUGAUGGGUGCGUGUACACGUGGGGAAGAGGCAUGUUUGGCCGACUUGGAACCGGUUCAGAAUCCGACCAGCUUUUUCCAGUUCGGGUCAAUUUUGAUUCUUCCCGUAGAUCCAAACAAGACCCACCACUCAAGUUUAUUGCUGUCGCUGCUGGUGCUUAUCAUAGUCUUGCUCUUGCAGAUGAUGGAUCCAUUUGGUGCUGGGGGUAUAACAUCUAUGGCCAACUUGGUGUCAGUGGAGAGAAUUCUGCAGUACCAUGCUUGCUGAAGCAAUUCAUUGAGCUAGACUCUCCUGAUCCUCUGACAGAUGAGUCAGAAAUAAAAAGUAAAGUGUCACUGAAGGUUUGUUCUGUCAAAGCCGGAGGAAUGAUGUCACUGGCAAUUGAUAAUCUUGGGGCCCUCUGGAUGUGGGGCAAUUGCCCACAGCCAAGCAGCAGCAAUGAGGGUAUGUACUCUCUUGUAAGCAUUUCCACCCCAACUCCUGUCUGGGAUUUCCAUGGCCACACUGUUGUCAAGGUGGCAUGUGGAAAUGAGCAUGUUGUAGCCCUGGUUAGUGCUGGAGAAACAUAUAAAGGUGAAGAUCUAUUAUGUUACUCUUGGGGUAGCAAUAACCAUGGCCAGUUAGGCUUGGGGGAUAGAGAGAACAGGCUACAUCCUGAAAUCAUUAAAACAUUUAAUGAAGACUCCCCUUGGACAGUUUAUGAGGUAGCAUGUGGGGCCUUCCACACAGCUUUACUUACUCACAAAAAGAGUCCAAGUGACACUCUAGAAAGUGUGUGCUGGACAUUUGGCCUUGGGGAAAAUGGGCAGCUUGGGCAUGGAACUACACAGAGUGCAUUAUUUCCUGAACUUGUGAAAGAACUGCCACAGCCUGUUUAUCUGAUCUCUGUUGACUGUGGCUUGUUUCACACUAGUGUUCUAUCAUCAGCUGGAGAUGUGUGGUCAUGGGGAAUGGAGAAGGGUCUUGGCCUAUGCCCAGAUGCUACUUUUACCGGUACUGAUGCGGGUGAUGCUGUUUCUCCUCUCCAUAUUGGGCAUAAAUUUCAUAAUCCGGUUCAAGUUGCGUGUGGGGCUGCACAUACUGUUAUUGUUGAACAUGAUGGAUAUAAGAUUUGGUCUUGGGGUCGGGGAAGGAGUGGGGUUCUUGGAAAUGGUAAGACAGUUGAUUGUUAUGCUCCUACUAUGGUAAUGUGGCCUCCCCUUUCAGAAGAUUUCGAACAAGAGGAAUUGAAGACUUCUAGUGAGGAAGAUGGUGUUGGAGCAAAGGGUUCUGAGGGAGUCACAGAAGCAGAUAAAAGAUUGUCUUUGGCAAUGGAAGAGAUGAAGCUGCUUCAAUCAAAACUUUCUGUGAUGGAACGGUAUGCUAGCAUACUUCACGGCUCAGUUUUUGGAAAACCUUUUGAAGAGAAAGAUAUUCCAGCCUCAUUGCAGAGCAUAGGUACUUUUGACAUUGCAAAGGAAUGGGAGAACAUGUUGGAGGCGGCAGAUCGUACAAAGCUCAUCAGGUUGGAAAUGUUCUACCGAAAUAUGCUUGCAGGUGUCAAAGACAAGCUAAUGAAGAGAAGAAUCCAGGAGAUUGUAAAGGAGUGUCUCCCUUCGUCUUCUAUCAGACAGUAGUAAUAAAACUAGAGGAGUUGAGGUGCUUUUUAUUCUGAAUAAAAAAGGUCAGUUCUGCAAACAUGUUAUUAAAUUGUGCUCAUUAUAUAAUUUGUUAGGUCUCUCAGCUUCUUUUUAUUUGAACUCUGUGAGAUCUCGUGUUAUAUAUAUCUUAAGUUCUGGAUAUUAUUCUGUGUGUACAAAAACUCUUUCAAAAUAAAUGUGAGGAAGAGGAAGGUGGGAAACAAGAUUGUUUUAGUA